GGGGCCGGGCCGGCGCCUCUGCCAACCCCGCCGGGCGCUCGGGACGCGGCGGGAAGGGAAAUUUUGCGCUGCGGACGAAGCUUUCGCUUUCCUGCAGAAAGAAGGGAGCGGCCGCGGUUCCCGAGUGCCCCGGCCGGGAUGUGAGGGAGGCGGUGGCGCGGCCGUGACGCGGCGCAGGGCGGGGCGGGCGCGGGUUGGUCCGGCCAUGCCGAAGCGCUCCUGCCCCUUCGGGGACGCGGCCCCGCUGCAGCUGAAGACCCGCGUGGGGCUGCGGGAGCUGAGCCGCGGCGUGCGGGGCGAGGAGUACCGGCGGGAGGUGUUCGAGAGGACCCGGCGGCUGCUCUUCAGGGGUGCCCAGGCGUACAUGGAAGGCGCGGCGGCCGCUGCCCGUGCCGCGGAGCCGGGGCCGGCCGGGGAGGCGCAGGGCGAGGGGUCCCGCUGGAGCGGGCAGCUCCUCAUCGGCCACGACGGGAAACUGCGGCGGCGGCCCGCGGACAGGGCAGUUCCGCCGCUGGGAGCGUCCAGAGCCUGCUCGUCGUGUGUGAGAGCGGCCGAUGUGAAGGAGGCGUGUGCGCAGUGUGACCGGCUCGUCUGCCAGAGCUGCAGCAGGCUCUGCAGCUGCUGUAACACGGUCACCUGCUCCUUGUGCUCCGCUGUUGAUUAUGGUGAUGUGGGAGAGCAAGUUCUCUGCAGUGGUUGUUCAGUAUUUCAAGUCUGAAACUUGAUGAAAUAACCCUUGUGACUAAAACAUCCAUGAAUUCCAUGAAGUCUUCUCCUUGCAGCUGAUCAAAUAGUCCUUUUAGCCUAUGAAUUAGUUAUGGAAUUUCUAUGUUUUAUAUCUUUAUAUUGUACUUUUAAAUAUUGUAGCUAAAUAAACAUUUAUAUUUUAAAGCUUUUUA